AUGUUAACGCAGGUCAUCGUAACUCCCGUCAUCACGUACACCCAGCCACUGGGCUUGUUCAUUGAUGGUCAGUGGGUGGAGGGUGUCCAACGGAAAAGAUUCGAGACAGUCAAUCCCACAAACGAGCAGCCAAUCGUAGCCGUUCACGAAGCCGGCCCGGAAGACGUUGACCUCGCCGUCAAGGCAGCGCGCAAAGCCUUCACUGAUGUCUGGUCAAGAACAUCUCCUACAGCUCGAGGCAAGCUCCUUGUGAGGCUGGCAGAUCUCUUCGAAGAACACUCCGAUAUCCUGGCAGCAAUCGAAUCCCUGGACAAUGGAAAAGCGCUAUCCCUGUCCAAGGUCGACAUCCAAAUAGCGGCCGAGACUUUGAGAUACUAUGGCGGCUGGGCCGACAAGAUCAAUGGCAAAACCAUUGAUACCGACAUUGACCACUUUACCUACACGAGGCAUGAGCCUAUUGGCGUUUGCGGUCAGAUUAUCCCGUGGAACUUCCCACUCGUUUCUCUUAGUAUGAAAAUUGGCCCAGCCCUUGCGUGCGGGAACACUGUUGUCUUGAAGACUGCAGAGCAAACCCCUCUGUCUGGAUUAUACGCAGCAACCCUGAUGCAAAAGGCAGGUAUUCCCGCUGGUGUGAUCAACAUUCUAUCUGGUUUCGGCAGCACUGCGGGUGCAGCCAUUGCGGCUCAUGCAGACGUUGACAAAAUCGCCUUUACUGGCUCGACUGCUGUUGGCCGAAGCAUAUUACAAGCCGCAGCUGCAUCUAAUAUAAAGAAGCUGACGCUGGAACUUGGUGGCAAGUCGGCCAAUAUUGUUUUCGACGACGCUGAUGUUGAAGAAGCAGUUACAUGGGCUCAUUUGGGAAUCUUUUGGAACCACGGGCAAGUGUGCUGUGCUGGAUCGAGGAUUUACGUCCAAUCAGGAAUAUAUGACAACUUCGUCAGAUUGUUCAAGGAGCGAGCAUCUGCAGCCGUCAUCGGUGAUCCAUUCGACCAGGACACUUUUCAAGGUCCUCAAAUCAGCAAAGUACAGUUUGACCGUAUCAUGGGCUACAUUCAAUCCGGCAAAGACGACGGCGCCAAAAUUGAGAUUGGUGGUGAGCGCCACAGUACCAAGGGCUACUUUAUUCAACCCACGAUUUUCUCAAACGUCAGUCGGGACAUGAGGAUUAUGCGAGAGGAGAUAUUUGGCCCCGUCUGUGUCAUUUGCAAGUUCCACACCGAACGCGAGGCGAUUGAACUGGCCAAUGACUCCAACUACGGGCUCGCUGCCGCAAUACAUACUUCCGACAUAAAUACGACAAUUCGCGUCUCCAACGAGCUGAAGGCUGGAACAGUGUGGGUAAACACGUAUAAUUCAUUGAGUUACCAAGUCCCGUUUGGUGGGUUCAAAGAAUCUGGUAUAGGACAAGAAAUGGGCGAGUAUGCUCUCAGCGACUACACUCAGGUCAAGUCGGUCCGCAUAAAGUUGAAGAGUAAUUUGUGA